AUGGGCAGUGCUACCAUAGUUCUAUCAAGGGGCGCUGUUCCUUACAGCACCAGCAUUAGUGAGCCACGAGGGAAGACCAGAAACAACAAUAAGUACACAAAUCUGUGGAAUGGAAGGUUUCUUGGUAUUGGCCUUCGUUGUCAUGGAAAGAGAAACAAGCCCUGUAGAUUGUAUACUUCAACUGGAGAAACUAAGCCUACAAAUGAUCUCCAAGAGUUGUUGCUAACACUUCCCAGUGAGAAAAACUGGGAUGGUAGUUCUCUCCAUCUAUAUGGAGGGGUUUGGUAUCCAGCUUAUGCCAUUAGUGGAGUAGUUUCCUUUCAACAACACUUCAUAGCUCAGAACAGCGAUAUUAUAUUAGCAAGCAUGCCAGCAUCGGGCAUGCCUUGGUUGAAAGCCCUUGCCUUCUCAGUUAUAAACCGAAAUCACCAGAGUGCUAAAGAGAGCCCCUUGCUCGUUACCUCACCUCAUGAACUUGUACGUUCCUUUGAAAAUGACCUUUACUUCAAAACCAACCACCCAAAUCUCGAACAACUUCCUCUGCCAAGAAUUUUCAGUACUCAUACCCAUUAUUCAUCUUUGCCAUUGUCCAUUAUAGAUUCUAAGUGUAAAAUUGUGUUCAUAUGCAGGAAUCCACUAGACCAGGCUAUCUCUUAUUUUCUUUUUGCUAGCAAGUCCAGGCAAGAGAAUGCUAAACCUGUUUCUUCAAUUGAAGAACAUUUUGAGAAAAUUUGUCGUGGUGUCCAGAAUUAUGGGCCAUUUUGGGAUAGUUCAUUAGGAUAUUGGAAAGAAAGCUUGGAAAGACCAGAGAAGGUGCUGUUUUUGAGAUAUGAAGAUUUGAAGGAUGAUACGAUUUCCAACUUGAAGAAGCUGGCUGAGUUCUUGGGAUUUCCUUUCUCAGAAAAUGAAGAGAAAGAGGGGGUCCUAGAAGAAAUAUUAAGGUUGUGUAGCUUUGACAACCUCAAGGACUUGAAGGUGAACAAAAAUGGUGUUCGUCCGAAUGGAGUUCCAAAUAGUGUCUUUUUCAGGAGCGAAGAAGUGGGGCAUUGGAGCAAUUAUCUCAGUCCUCAAAUGGCUGAAAACUUCCGAAAGAUUGUAGAAGAAAAGUUGGUUGGAUCUGGUUUGGCCUUCAAAAUAUCUCAAUGA